AAUCUGUCAGUCAUGUUUUUCUUCUCCAAGUUAUCUCUGGAAGAACACUUGGUAACACUUUAUCAUUCAUAUAUAUCUUAGUUAAAUUAGUGUAACAAGUCUUCCAGAAUGACUGUCACAGCCAAUAAAGAGCGGUUCAGUAUAAGCGAAUCUGUUACAGUCACGUCAUCUAGCUAGCUAACUUUUGCAGCUGCCCGGAAAGCUAACAUAGCUAGCUAGUUUUAGACAACUGGCUUUAGCCGCAGCCAGGGCGGAGAAUUAUUUACAAAAUUAGCUUUUCCAUUUUGCCCUUAAGCAGCAAGUGGAGAGGAAUUCAACAAAACUGGCAGAGUAGAGAUGGAAGGAGAUGACUGCAAUUUUCCUCCAGAUUCAUCGGAUGAUCACUCGCAAAGAGGAAGCGUUGCUUCUUCCGCAACACUUUCCCGUGCUCAAGAUGUGCUCAUAUACCUCUGUGGUGACAGCGCAGUGCAUUUAUUAGUAGAAGGGCUUGGCAGUGUCUCUGUGCAAGAGUUGGGCCGCAGUGUUCGUGAGGCCCUCCGUAUUCCUGAGUCUGCACAGGAUGCUUUUGCCUUCUGGCUUUCUUCUCCACUGCUCGAAUUGCAGUUAAAGCUAAGGCAUCAACCAUACAAACUGUGUCGGCAGUGGCAGGACUUGCUUUAUCGCUUCACUGAGGCCUCGGAGGAAGACAUCUCACAAGAUGAACCAUGUCUCCAGUACCGCCGGAACGUCUUUUAUCCUAAAUCGAAAGAGCUGCAGAUAGAUGAUGAGGGAGUGCUGAGGCUUCUGUAUGAGGAGGCCAGGGACAGAGUUCUCACUGGUCGAUACCCCUGUGACCCCGAGCACUGGACUGCUCUCGGAGCCUUAUCUCUUGCUCUUGAUGAGGGAACUGGUCUGGACGGGAAACAAUUUGCUACUACUAUAAGAGAGAAGAAGCUGUCUUCGUUUCUGCCUGUACAUGUUGCCAUGGGGAGUGGAGGUUUGCUCUCCACUCUGAGAGGGAAGUCGAGCCGUCAGACAGGGCUGGAGCAGAACCUCUUGGAGGAAUACAGAAAGAUCAGCGCAUCUGCUGGAAACUCUUUGGAGCCCACACAGCUCCUACACCAGUACCUCAACACAUGUCACUCGUUGCCUUAUUAUGGGUGCGCCUUCUUUGUUGGGGAGAUUGACAAACCAGGGCAAGGGAUUCUCCAAAGGGCCAAACGCAAAGCUGUCAACGUUGGGAUCUGCCUGGAGGGGGUUUAUGUGAUGGAUGUCAAAGAGAAGCACGUGCUGCUUGGCCUGCAAUUCCAUGAGCUAUCCUGGGACCACAGCUACCCUGAGGAGCAGGGGGACUCGCAUAUUCUGUGGCUCGAGUUUGAUGGAGAUGAAGACGGCACUCCUGUUAACAAGUUGCUAAAGAUCUACUCAAAACAGGCAGAGCUAAUGAGCGGCUUCAUUGAGUUCUGUGUGGAGCUGAAGUCUGCGUCCGAGGGAGGGGCUGCCGCCGAAAUGGAAGGUGAGGUGAGUCCGUCCCAGCAGCCGGCUGGGCUAGACGGCAUCAGCAAGAACGGACGCGGAGGACGGCGGGGGGUGCUGCACAGGCAAAGCAGUGUUCUGUGCAGUCGGGUCCAUUCACUUAACACUAUCAGCUACGUGGACAAUGGAAAAGAAAUCAAACGCUUGAAGCCAAAAAGAGCCACGUCCUUCUUCACCCGUCAGGCGUCUACGUACUCUGCUGUGCAAGUGACGGAGAGUCUGGAGCAGAGUUAAACCCACUGAUCAUGCCUCUCAAAGACCAAACCUAAACGUUUUCUGACAUUUAAAGAAAAGACUUGAAACAAGCUUGAGACAUUCAACUGAUAAUAUAUGAACAUGCAAAGGACCAAGCAAGGGAUCUAAGUGUGAGUGACAAUAUUUAUCUCUUGAAGUUGUGUAUAUUAAGACAGUACAGUAAUGUGAAAAACAAAAUGAUCUAUUAACCGCUAUGUUUCCAAGGUUUCACUGAAGUGGCUGUUCAUUAAAUAGCCGUACAUUAAAAACACUUACAUAUACAUAGCAUUCUCUGAGCACCAUCUGAUGGACAUCUUUCAUGAAACAAGCCUUAGAGAAAUCCUCAGACAACCACUCCAAUUGAUGACUGUAUGAUGACCGUUGUGAUCUUUCUGCAGCACUCAGGAGCAGUGGUAUUUACUUACAAAUGUUAAACCUCAUUAGAGUACAACCACUGCAUAUUACCUCUUUUUACCCGUAUUGGCGGGUUGAACAUCAAGAAGAGUACAUCCCCAUAUGACAUCAAACAUUUUGUAAGAAAUACCACAAACGGCUCACUACAGUCAGCAUGAGAAACACUUUCAGGGGGCGCUCUGAGGGUGUGUUCCCACUAUUCUGCUUUUUCAAACUGCCAGUGCCUUGUUCUCAUCAAAGGGGGAACACACUUUAGAGAAGGACUGGUAGAAAAGUUUAGCAGUUUGUGUUACUGAUCAUAAGGAGUCCAUAUGGGAGCACAUUGUCCGUGUUUUGGAAGAUUCUUGUAAGUACACGCUUUUAAGAGAGACUUAAUAUUUGCUGUUAUUUGGAUUAUGGUGGAAAGAAAGCCCAAGUGGGACAUCCCGCUUUAAAGAUAAUAAUUUUGCAGAUUUUUAUUUUUAAAAGCGGGACAGUGUGAAUGUAGUCCAAACAUGUAAAACAGGAUCAAACAGACCUUUUACAGCAUCCAGUUGUAGAAGGUAAAAUGACACAUUCACAGAAUUGGGUUGUCAUUGGGGAGCAUGACUUGAAUUGCACCAAUCAAAGAAUCAAAUUAGAGUCAAAACCACUCAAACCACACAUUAAGUUAGUGUAAAAAAAGAAGAAGAAGUUAACCUAACAUAGGCUCUCGUUUAGCAAUUAAAGAAACAUACCUCGCUCCGAAUCCUGUAAGGGAAACGUUAGCAUGUCACAUUCAAGGUCUAACUUCUAAUCAGCAGCAUCAGAACAAGCGACUUCCAUGCACAGGUCUUGACUUGAGUAUAACUUGCUUGGUCAGACCGGAUUAGCAAAACUGAUGCAAUGCUGUACUUGUUCCACUUCUGAGAGACAAAAAAAAAGAAGAAAGCUUCCUGUUUAGCUGUUAUCAGCACUAGUUUUACAUAUUAGACUCUGAAAUUCAAACUGCAGCCUACAUGUCCAAGUUUAGGUUAGCCAUUUGAAUGAUUUUGUCCUUGCAAACAUCGCAGCAAUCAUGGUUGACGUUGUUUAAAAAAGGAACGGGGAACGCCAUCUUUGUAUUAAAAAUGUUGUUGACGCCUGUUUUCAGCAAUUUUAUGGGCUAUUUAGUUUAAAAGUAGGACGGUUUUUUUCAACACGUUAAGGAACAUGUACCUGCUUCAGUUUAUCUGAGAAGACAAAAGAAAAGUGCUCUUUGCAUAUGGCACAGACUAACUGACCAAGAACUUGGGACUAUGCUGUUGACAUCUCAGUCCCUACACCAAAGCAAGCCUAUUUAACAUGCUGCAACACAGUAUGCUACCUUAACGCUCCAGAGACAGACUUCAGUCUCCGCCACAUGUCCUCCAGGUGUCUCUUUGAACCUCAAACUAAUGCUGAACAUUUAACAAACUGCUCAAGUCACUAAUGGCCAUUUGAAAAGAAAACUGCCUUUCACUUGAACGUAUGUUCCUGAUUCGAGAUGUUGUGGUAUCAUGUAUUCUUCCUUAUUCUUCUGAGCAAACAGCAGACUGUUUUUUACUUUUCUAUGCUUUAAUUGCAAUAUAUGUCAGCUACCGUCUGUAACCGGAUCCAAUAUAUUCUUGCUAUCUUACACUAUGCAUGUCACAUUGUAGAAUAGGCAUUCCACAUCGGAAUACAGAUCUCGUCUGCACUAUUAAUACUAAUACACUGUUUAUGAAUCUGUUUUUGUAUUGUUAGUUAGCUUUUAUGAUAGGAUAUUUUUAUUUCAUUUUCAUAUACUUGUCAGUGUUUGUACCUAGUGAAUGAAAUUAAGGAAUAGGUCAGUUAAAGCAUUAUCUUCUCAAGCAAUCACUUUGCAGAAGCAUAAAGUGCCUUUUUGUUUGUACUGAGUUUGCAUCUGAAUGACUGUUUUGGUGCUUGGAAACCAGGAAUGGACACUUCUUGUUAUUGCUAUGGUUUAAAAAAAGAUGAAUUGGGUUUUGCAUUGUGUCUUCCACAUUUCAUGCUAGACCAUGCAUUUAUCGUUCUUAGUUGAUGUGAGUAUAUUGAUAUAGUGGAUAACUACACUGGACUGCUGUUGAACGGUGUAUUGUGGUUCCUCUAAAUGGAGUGGUCAGUCUGCCUUGAUUCAAAUAUGUCUGGUAUGCUU